AUGAGCAAGCGUUCAUUCGAGGUCUCUAUAGCAGGGGCACAGUCCCCCGAUCCUGAUGGCCUGCCAAUCCAGGACCUGCUCUCGGGCGAAGAGCACGGUCAGCCAUCUGGAAACUCAAAGAGACCCCGGAACUUCAUUGCCACGGUUGCAUGCGAGACGUGUCGGCUGAAGAAGACCAGAUGCGACGAAUCCCGGCCCAGAUGUGGACUGUGUAAGUCCCUGGGGCUGGAGUGUGUUUAUAAUGAACGUAAAACGUCAAAACGCGAUCAGUCGAUCACAAUGAUCAUGAGCACUCUCCACCGCUUGGAGACAAAGUUGGAGAAUAUCCCAUCAUCCAUUGUGAGCGACCUGCAGUCUCUCCGGGGCCAAAUUCAGACACCUGGAAAUGACCUGCAGACCCAGUCAUUGCCUGCCGUGGGUGAUGAGGGUAACCAGCUCAUAUCAACGUUACCCACGGCGGGUGAAAACUUCACGCCAGCAGCAGCAGGGGAUGGUGACGACUUUGAGCUCGAAGAGAGCCAGACCAAGCCAGACUCGGCAGGCCGGGUCUCCAUCUCUUUCAGUCAACAUGGUGUCAUUCAGUGGCCUGGUGCCCGACAGAUCCUCCCGAAGCAGUUGCUUGCCGCCUACGAAAUGCUCGGGAAAAACUAUGUAAUUGAACUGGAAUCUGAGCGACCUCCACUACCCAUGUUCAUCACCCCAUUUCCAUUACAAGCGGGAGAUCACUGGUUAGAGGUUCUCCCGCUCGCUAUGAUUAGGGGCCUGGCCGAUGCGUUCUUUGACGUUUUCAACCCCUUCACCCCGAUCAUGGACAGGGGAUUCUUCUUCUCCUUCACGCUGGGGUCUGCCAUUGAAAGCGGAUUCGGGUAUAACCUAGAGAGCUGUCUGGUUCUCAAUGUGUUGGCAUUGGGCUGUCUUGCCGUUCUCGCCUACCAGGAAGGAGAUUAUCCCCUGCCUGGCACUCAAGGCCAUCGAUUUGAAUCCCCAGACUGGAUCAACGUUCUGUAUGAAGAACAGCCCGGGCUGCGGUUCUUCAACGAAGCCCGGCGACGUAUUGGCUUCUUGAUGUGUGACAACGAUAUUCAAAGUUGUCAAUUCUACCUUCUCUCCUCUGUAUAUUAUAACCAAAUCCCUCGCCCUAUGGACUCUUGGGCCAUGAUUCAUCGUGCGGCCACCUGCUGUUUGUCCAUGCUGACCAACCAUGAUGUAAACUUUGAUGUGUGGGAAGGCGACAUGAAAUCCCGUGUAUAUUGGAAUUGUCUCAUGAAUGAGACUAUUCUAGUACAAGAACUUCACUUACCUUCAAGUGGCCUCUCGCGGCUAGAGGAACAAGUCCCGAUACCCAAAUUCAUCGGCUUCGAAAUGAAUGGCUACGCCUCAAACCGCUUCAUCUCAUCCAGCGGAAUCGACGACUCAUAUUUCCAAUAUCAUUUCCUAGCCCAAGUGGCCCACCGCAUUAUUUUAACACGGAUCCGUCACUCUCUCUAUUUCUACUCCGAUUCAGGAACAUUCCCUCUCCCAGCUGUUAAUACCGAACUUCACCACCAGCUAGAACAGUGGCGCAACAAUCUCCCAAUCUCAAUUCAAUUCAACCACGCCCCAUACUCUUCUCACCUCGCCUCCUCUCACCCAACCCCCGGAACCCCCUCCAUUCAUCCUUCCCCCGCCGCAUCAGUGGCAUCGCCAGCCCAACUCUCCUCUCCCAGACCCAGACCCAGACCAACAGACCAGACCCGGCCCCUCACGCCAGGAACAGCAGUAACAGACGCCAUGCUCCAAGGUCGCUAUCUAAUCGCACGUUUCCACAUCGGCCGUCCAUAUAUUUACAAAGCACUUCGCAUCCCGCACCUUCUAUCAGACGAGGACUUCGUCCAGGUCAGAAGUGGCCUUCAAAAUGCCAUGGGAUGGCCAGUGACCCAGGGCAUCUUCAGAAAAAUGAAGAGUUGCAUCCCGAUAAGAUUUGCAUUCUGCUCUCAGUUCUUUGGUCAAAUUCUUCUCUUUUAUUGCAUAGCCCACUCGCCUAGCCAGCGCGUUCGUGAGACUCUGCCUGAAGGCUGGGAACGCUGGAAUGAGGAGAUGGUAGGGUUCUUGGAGGAUUGUGCAUUGCAUAGUCCGGCUGUUGCGCAGGACUUGGACUUGUUGCGGUCUCUAUGGCCUGAAAGUCAAUGA